CCGCUUGAGUGAGAGCCGCUAUAUGGCGUGUUGUUGAGGCUUAAAGCCUGAUACAUUGUAUCCAGCCGCGCUCAUUAACUAUUGUUUAUUCUACCUCAGAUCGAAUCAUUUAUAAACCUAUUUCACUGACUGAUUUUUGGAAUUUGAGCUAUAAAGUUAUUUCUUUAUCCAGUCGUAGUAAAACUUGUGCACUUGUCUACCCCUCUUACCUGCGCCCGACACGCCGCUGAUGAUGCACACCUCACAGAAGGACACCACUUACACCAAGAUCUUCGUCGGAGGUCUUCCGUAUCACACCACCGACUCAAGUCUCAGGAAAUACUUUGAAGUGUUUGGAGAAAUCGAGGAAGCUGUUGUCAUUACAGACAGACAAACUGGAAAAUCCAGAGGCUAUGGAUUUGUGACAAUGGCUGACCGUUCAGCAGCAGAGAGAGCGUGCAAAGACCCCAACCCUAUCAUAGAUGGCAGGAAAGCCAACGUGAAUCUGGCCUACCUAGGGGCCAAGCCACGGAUCAUGCAGCCUGGGUUUUCAUUUGGUGUCCCUCAGAUACACCCGACAUUCAUCCAGCGGCCUUAUGGAGAUAGUGAAGAUGAGCAUUCCUCAUUACUGUAUCCGCCACCCUUCCGCCAGGUUAUGAGGAUUCCUGCACAUUAUGUGUACCCGCAGGCGUUUGUGCAGCCCAGUGUUGUGAUCCCUCACAUGCAGCCUUCUGCCACUUCCGCUGCAGCCGCAGCAUCUCCGUACCUGGAUUACACCGGCGCCGCUUACGCGCAGUAUUCCGCGGCUGCUGCAACGGCUGCGGCUGCAGCUUAUGAGCAGUAUCCAUACGCCGCCUCCCCGGCCGCCACGGGUUACGUCACCACGGCCGGUUACGGUUACAUGCAGCAGCCUCUCGCGUCGCCUGCGCCCGGAGCUGCGGCCGCAGCGGCGUUCAGCCAGUAUCAGCCACAGCAGCUCCAGACGGACCGCAUGCAGUGAUGCACACAGGACGGAAGGAAAGCAUGACAAAAGCUGGUCGCUAGACCGUUAAGACUGUGUCAGCCAAAGAAACUGAUAUUGUUUUUUAUUGUUUCGUUGUUAGUAUUAUUAUUGCUGUUAUUGUAAUUUUAUUUGUAGUAUUUAAUAUUUAUUACGCAAGCUGUAGCGCACCAAACAUGACGCAGUGUUAUGCAUUGGGUUCAAUACAAGUUAAGCUCAAUCGACAGCAUUUGUGACCAUGUUGAGUACCACAAAAAUUAAUUUCGACUAAUUCCUCCUUUUCUUAAAAAAAAAAUAAAUAAUAAUAAUUUGUCUUUUUUGGGUGAACUAUUCUUUUAACCCUUCUGCGGUCUUAACAAUCAAGUCCCUAUGGUCAGAUUUACCCUUUUUUUUAAUGUUGAAUUUCAAAAGCUUGUAAUGAAGGUUCUGUUUGCUCUACAUUUGGUCUUAAAUCGUUCGUCUAGGUGCUGGCUAACACUAGAGAAAAAAAAUUUCCUUUAUCACCUUCUAUUCCAAUAUACAGACCUGAAAGGCAGGGGACACCUCAACACAGCUUCAAAAAUCCUGUUAAAAAAAAUCAAAAGCUUGUAAUAAAGGCUUUGUUUGCUCUGUCUCUCUACUUCUGGUCUUAAAUCAUUGGUCUAGGUCAGGGGCGGACUGGGAAGAAAAUACAGCCUGGGAUUUUACAUAGAAACUGGCCCAAAAGAUGUUGGGGGGGGGGCAUAUCGCUGCCCCCUUCCGCAUAUCGUGGCGCCGUUUUGUGGCGCGUUCUGCAUAACGCGACGGCCCAUGCGGCCCCAUUUCACGGCCAGCCCACCGGGAAAAGUCUCGGUUCUCCCAAUGGCCAGUCCGCCACUGGUCUAGGUGCCAGAUAACACUAAAAAUAUUUUUUUCACUAUCACCUUCUAUCACAAUAUAUAGAUCUGAAAGGCAGGGGUGGCCCCAACUCCGCCCAUAGACAUCCAGUCUUUCAUGCAGCUUCACCAUAAAAUUGUAGAAAAGGUCAAAAUGUUAUUAUAAGAACACUCAUACUCAGACUUUCACACACACAUCACAUAAGUACAUACACAUAGACACCCACAAACACUCAUUGACAACAGACACAAAUGCAAACCCAAAAAUGCAGUUCAGCAAAAAAAAAAAAAAAUUUGAAAUCGUCAUUUGAAUAUGUUCCUGAAUAUUGAUGAUAAAAUGUUAUACAUCAUUGCAAUUGCAAACCUGAGGUUCUUAGCUUUCAAAUGACACCAAGAUCCCAUUUGAAGUCUAUUCAGAGGCCGAGAUAUUCCACAAAACAUGAGGAAAGGGCGGGGCUUUCCAAAAAAGACUGGCUGUCUAUGGGUGGAGUCACAAACCAUGUUGGGGUGCCCCCUGCUUUUCAGAUCUGUAUGUGGUGAUAGAAAGUGCUAAAAAAUAUAUUAUAAUUUUUUUCAGUGUUUGCUGCUAUCUAGUGGAAUGAUCUUAGACUAAAAGUAGGGAGAUAUAGCAAACAGUGCAUCUAUUACAAGCUUUUUUUUAACAGGAUUUUUGAAGCUGCAUUGAGGCGUCCCCUGCCUUUCAGAAGUGUAUAUUGGAAGAAAAAGGUGAUAGAGAAAAAUAUAUUUUUGCUAGUGUUAGCUGGCACCUAGACGAAUGAUUUAAGACCAAAAGUAGUGAGAGAGAGCAAACAGAGCCUGUAUUACAAGCUUUUGAAUUGUUUUUAACAGGAUUUUUGAAGCUGUGUUGAGGCGUCCCCUGACUUUCAGGUCUGUAUAUUGGAAUAGAAGGUGAUAAAGGAAAUAAAAAAAAAUUUCUAGUGUUAGCCGGCACCUAGACAAACGAUUUAAGACCAAAUGUAGAGAGAUAGAGCAAACAGAACCUUUAUUAUAAGCUUUUGAAAUUGAACAUAAAAAAGGGUCAAUUUGACCGUAGGGACUUGAUUGUUAAGACCGCGGAAGGGUUAAAAGAAUAGUUCACCCAAAAAAUACUAAUGUAUUCUGCAACCCAGAUUUUUUAUUUUAUUUUAAAAAUAAAAAAGGGUCAAUUUGACCCUUAAGUACAACGUAGGGACUCUGUAGAGGAUUUCAUGAAGUUUUAGGGCUAAAACUUAAAUUUAAGUUGAUGUAAAUCAGUGUUAAAAAUUCAGAAGGGUCAAAUUGACCCAUAAGAUCAAGGAAGGGUUAAACAACGUAUAUUUGGACUGGAAAUUACCAUAUUUUUGGGCUCAGCUAUGUGUAGGGAAGCAAACAAAGUGCCUUAGAGUUCAUAACAUAUAUGAAUGUACUUGUUUUUAAUGCAUUACAUAGUCCAUAAAACUUGUCAGAGUGUUGGUGUCAGCCAGUUUCUUACUACUGGAACUCCAUUGAUGAACGGCAGUAAAUAAAUGAAGGCUUUUUUUUUCUUAUAUAGUUUAUCCAUAGUGCUGUAAUGUUUAUUAGCAGAACUGGACAUCCACAAAUGCAAAGAAUGCAAAAGUGACUAUUACACCUCAGUGCCUUACUCCAAAUAACUAUCAUUUAACAGUCAUUUUGGUUGUUUUUCUAUCUAUGUUGAACUGAGUCAGUGGGUUUAUGGAAAAGGGGAAUUUUGUAGUUUUUCACUGAUUUUUACAAAAUAAAAACCAUUAGCACUACUGAAAAAUGUGAUUCUGAUAAGUGCACUGUUUAGUGAUAUUUUUCAAUAUUAGUACGCUUUUGACGCAGCCUUAGAAAACACAUCUGUAUCUGUUUUACUUCCAUAAUGGUAGACUGUUUGAGAUUAUGUCAUCAUUUUUAAGUUAUUUAAUUAAAGUAACAUUCAACAUUAUUAAAGGGAUUGUAACUUGAAUUACAAAGUGAAAUGUUUAUUAAAAGGCCAUAUUUAAGUAUAGCAGUUUACUUUUAAGUACUGUGAGUUUCAUUAUCUGUUGAUCAAUUUGUCCUUCUGAAAGUCAUUUUUGUACACUUUGCUUUCUUUGCUUGUAGAGUUUGACUGUAUAUUUGUGAAUUCAUUUGGAAAUUAAUAUUAGUAUGUUGCAGAGACAAUUGUCAAUCUGAUCAUUUAUUAAAAAACAACUAUUG